ACUACACAUGACCUUAUUCUUUUCUUUCCCAUGCAAAAAACCUAUAACUACUCCUACAUGUAUAUAUAUAUAACACCUCCAAAAGUCCCCUGUUUAUUGUCAAAACUGUACCCUAAAACUUCUCUGAAUUCUCGCCGGAGAAUGUACUCCCAACACCAAAACCCGGUCCAAUCCACCACCCCUCCCUUAAGGCGGCACCACUCGGCUCGCUACUACGUGCACCGGGUGCAAGAGAGUCUCACCACCAGGGUCGCCAAGCUAGUAUGUGCCAUCUUUUUAAGCCUUUUUUUAAUUAUAGGAGUGACCAUAUUCAUAUUGUCGCUCAGUUUACGCCCGCACCGACCCAGGUUCCAUAUCCGGGAGUUUUCGAUCCCGGGUUUGGGUCAAGAAAACGGGUUUGAGAAUGCCCAGGUUGUUUUUAACGUGACGGUCCGUAACUCGAACCAAAAUAUUGGGAUUUACUACGAUGCUACCCAGGCCACGGUUUAUUAUGAAGAUCAGAGUAUUGGUGGGACCACAUUGCUGUUUCCAUUCUAUCAGGAGCCGAAGAAUACUACAGUGCUCCAUGAUGUGUUGAGUGGGGCCGCCUUGACCGUGAAUAGCGACCGUUGGAUGCAUUUCUUGGCUGAUCGUGCGAAAGGAACGGUGAAGUUUCGUCUUGAGAUAACGUCGACCAUUCGAUUUAAGGUGUCCACUUGGGAUAGUAAGCACCAUAAGAUGCAUGCUAAUUGUGAAAUUGGCGUGGGCCCAGACGGCUUGAUCUUACCAAUUUAUAAAGAUCAAAGAUGCCCAACUUAUUUCAACUGAUGUAGCAUAUAUACUAGAGAUAUCUCCUGUUUUAUAUAUUUCAAAUUUUUUAUUUAUUUUUUUUCGAUUCCCAUUUUUAAUUUUCGAUUCCCAUUUAUUUUAUUUUGGAUUAGCGGUUCAGUUUUAUUGUAAGAAUAUGUAAUUGUUCAAAUAUAUCAAUUAAUUAUGAGAACGUUCUCACUGUAAUCUGUCUCCAUGAAUUAUCAA